AUGUACAAACCCCACUAUCGUCUUAUCCUUUUCUUAUUGUGCGCAAGAGCGGUGUGCGCGUCGGUGGACUUUGUGCAGUGCUUUGCUGAUAUCAAGAACGGCUCACACGGGUCGGAUGGAGGCACGGACAACCAGGGGAAUCCUGUCCCCCGCAUAACAGAAAACACUACGUCUAUAACCUACGAGCUCUGUCUGAGUGCGUGCGGUUCCGGGGGAGGUGCGUUCUCAUGGAGCUCCUUCUCGCAGCAGUUCUCGGCCUGGCUCCUGCCUUGGAUCGCCCUCUUAUCCCAGUUCCCCUUCGGAUGCACGUACAAGAUGGACAACCUCAUGUCGGCCGUCCUAGCGCUGGGCAGCCCGUGUCUGGCUGCUUACUCGCUCGCACUGACUGUUCUGAACACCAAAUGGGUGAACAGGCUGUUUGCGACCGUCCGAUACCCCAACAGCAAGCGCGCAGCACUGAUUCUGGGAAGCCUGCAACAUGCCCCGCUCAAAAUCGACACCGAGGGUGGCCUGCUGGCGUCGCUAGUCGUGCUACCGGAUAACGACGACUGGUGGAGAGCCUUCUCUGAUUGGCUCGACUAUGCCGACACUCAUGCGUGGUCAAUCGCAGCGGCGACAUCCGUCGCUUGGGUUGUGGUCGCAUUCAUCCUGACGAUCAUCGACGCAUUCAGCACUAUCUCGACGGAUCCUAACAGCAACGGGCAGGGUCUGUCGGGGGUGGGCAGCAUCUGGUUGUGGAUGCUCCCUGUCACAAUUGGCUAUCUGCAGAUCUCCCCGCGCUGUGAUACUCCCCGCGUGACACGGGCGAUUGAGCGCGCAAACGAGGUUGCUUUCGUGGCAGGCGUCAACGGCCCCGUCAACGCACGCGAUAUCAGCGACGCCCGAGCGGUGUCUGUUCACUCCUACCGGGACACACUCUACCGCGACCAGGAGGCGACUGCCCCGAUUUAUUCGUACGCCCGGUUUCUCUCUUUUGUUCAGAACACCGAGGAGGUGUACUGCGCGUUCAAAUAUGCGUCGGAGAAGGCGCAGAAGCGGAUUCCCGUUGCUGCGAAUGAAAGAUGGACACCGGGGGAUGGGCGAACUGUGCAUGCGGCCAACAGAACCGGAACCGCACAGGAGGUGGAGGCGUACUGCAGUCCGCCGGCUUAUGUCAGACACAGUCUCUGGAGAGAGGAUGUCCUAUCCCGAUUUCUUGUGGCUUCUAUCGCAGCCCUUGGUCUGCAAUGGUCCACUUCUGGCGCCUCAAUCCUGAUUGUUUAUUUUACCCCAACCAUAGGUCUGGGGUGCAGGUCCGGGGCGUAUCUGCUGUACGCCGCAGUCGCUACCCUGAUCUGGGUCAUCUUCGUCAUCAGCAGUUUCCUGGCGCACUAUGCGACGACGGUGCCCGAAACGAGCCGCGUCUACAGCUUUGUGGCGACUCUGGCUGUGUUUCUGAGACGGCUGGGGAAGGUGCUGGCGACGCUCAACGCCGCGUGGAUCUUCACGGCGUUCUUCCUGCAGUUCGGCAACUUCUUCGACCGAUGCUAUUGCAAUUCAGACGCGCUUGGGUUGGGGAAACGGGCGCAUGUGGUGAUGACGCUUCUUGGGCCUGACAUAUCUGCGAUGAGGGGAGCCUGGAUCGGCGGCGUUGCUCUUGGGAUUGUUGGGUCUAUUUUGUUCUGGGCAUUCAUCAAUUUGAUGCUCGUGGAACCGCUUGCUUCCUGA